GCGCUCACCGAACUCUGUCGAGAGUGAAACUGUACAAAGAAGUUUCAGUUUGAAAAGUACUCUCGCUUCAUCGGUAUUUGCCAGAGAAAAAGAAGAAGAAAAAAAAAAGGAAGUGGGAGACAAGUCGAUAUUAUUCGCUAAGCCAUUAAGUUUGCGACUAUUGGUUUUGACUCCAUUGUGUGACGAUACUCGUGGAGUUGGGUGUUUCGUCAGCCCGCGCCCCGAGAAAAUCGCGUGGAAUCGAGGAAGUGCGCGACGGGAGGACAGAGAAAGGUUCCAAAAAGCGUGCCAUGCCUACCAGCAGUGGUCGAACCCCACGGUAGUGCGGCGGCGGUGACGUCACACUUAGAACCAUGGACGACCUCGACCCGUCGCCCCUGAACGAGACCGGCGGAGUCGGUCUCUCCGUACAGGGAAACGUGUCGUCGUGCGUCAAUGAACUGUGCGUCUCCGAGGCCGAGUACCUGGAUCUACUCGAGGAGUACAUCUUCCCUUCGUCGUACGAGUGGGGCCUCAUCGGUCUCCACGUGGCAGUGUUUGUGGUGGGGCUGGUGGGGAACUGCCUCGUGUGUGUCGCCGUCUAUCGGAACCAGACUAUGCGCACGGUGACCAACUACUUCAUCGUGAACCUGGCCGUGGCGGAUUUUCUGGUCAUUUUGGUCUGCCUACCGCCGACGGUGCUCUGGGACGUGACGGAGACGUGGUUUUUCGGGGCGGCGCUCUGCAAGAUCGUACUUUACCUACAGUGCGUGUCGGUGUCCGUAUCGGUGCUGACGCUCACGUUCAUCUCCCUGGACCGGUGGCGCGCCAUCUGCCGGCCACUGCGCUCUCAAGGAUCCACUGGACCCCGCGUUGCCAUAGGCGCUAUUUGGAUUGUCUCAUGCCUCGUGAUGUUGCCGGAACUCGUGGUGCUGGACACGCGCCGAGGUCCAGUCAUAGGUGCUCUCUACCUGACGGACUGCGCAUACACGUGGCCGGCGGGUUACACGUCGGUGUACCAGCUGUGCCUGGUGGUGUUCCUGUACGUGGUGCCCUGCCUGCUCAUGUCGGCCGCCUACUACCAGAUGGCGCGAGUGCUGUGGCGCAUGCCUGCGCUGCACGAAACCGGUUCGCUCACGGGCACCCAGCCGCCCCCGCAGACGCUGGCCCGACGCAAGGCGGCCAAGAUGCUCAUCGCCGUGGUCAGCCUGUUUGGACUGUGCUACUUGCCCGUGCACACGCUCAACCUGCUCAGGUACACGACAGAACUUCCCCAGACUCCACUUAUGAGUGUCGCAUCGCUGCUGUCGCACUGGCUCUGCUACUUCAAUUCGGCAAUCAACCCGAUCGUCUACAAUUUAUGA